AUGGGCUCUGUGUCGGAGGAGCUCAGCCUGGUCCCUCUGCACCGGAGGCCGGAGCUGCUGGAGGCCUGUGCCAAGCUGCUGGGCGAGGAGUGGGGGAAGAGCCGGGCGUCACGGCUCCACACGCUCCAACGCUCCUCGGACGCCUUCCCCAUCUGCCUGGUGCUGCUGCGAAGCCAGGGCCCCACCGAGGCCUCCGCUGCCCAGGAGGGUCCCUGCCAGCUCGUGGGCCACGUCCGGCUCUCCCGGUGCCGGGCCAGCCGGCAACACAGGAGGGUGCCGGUGCUGGUGCUGUGGGGCUGCCUGGCGCUGGGCACAGCCAGCGGGGAGAGCCCGGCACCGGAGCCCCUGGCAGGUGGCCAACCCUUUGCCGUGGUGUGGAACGUCCCCACCGGUCGCUGCCAGCACCGCUUCGGCGUGGGGCUACCCCUCAGUGACUACGGCAUCGUGGAGAACCAGGACGGCCACUUCACCGGCCAGAACAUCACCAUCUUCUACAAGAACAAGUUUGGGCUGUACCCCUACCUGUCACGAAAGGGCAACCCCCGCAACGGGGGCAUCCCCCAGGGGGUCCCCCUUGGUGCCCACCUCGCCAGGGUGGCCAUGGACAUCGACCUUCUCCUGCGCCCCGCUUUCCAUGGCCUGGCUGUGGUGGACUGGGAGGAGUGGAGGCCCCUCUGGGCCCAAGCCGACCUGGUGCAUACCAUCGGGGAGAGCGCAGCGCUGGGUGCAGCUGGACUUGUGCUCUGGGGAGACAUGUCAUACUCCCGCUCGGCUGAGAGCUGUGCCAGCCUGCGCCACUACCUCGUGUCCACCCUGGGUCCCUACGUGGCCAACGUGACGGCGGCAGCCCGGGAGUGCAGCUACAGCCAGUGCCACGGGAACGGACGCUGUGUGCGCCGGCAGCUCCACGACCUGGGCAGCCUCCUGCACCUCAGCCCCGGCACCGGCUCGCUGGCCUCUUUCCGCUGCCACUGCUACCGUGGAUGGGCCGGCGAGGGCUGUGCCCGGCGGGUCGAGCCCAGCCCUGCCACCUCCUGCCUGGAGCCCACCCACGCUCAUGGUCUCUGCGGGCACAACGACCUCCCACCCUCCGACACCUGCCUGCCACAGCGCGCGUGGGGCUGGUGA